AAUCUCACGGCUAUGGCUGUAGUUGGUACACCUUUCGGUGUGCAUUCGAGAUGUGUGGUCGCUGCGCGUGGUUUGGAGGUGUGUUGCGUGCAAUCGCUGCAUAAGAAGGCCAGCAUCGAUCCAGGAUCAUGGAAGGUAUGCAGCAACAAAGAUAUCGAGGAAAAGAUUAAAAAUAGCCACAUCACUGCUAUAUCAGUGUGCGAUCCGCCAAACACCUUAACCAAGUUUCGGUUUAUAGUCGCUCUGGGCUACCACAAUGGCAUGAUCUCGUUGGCCGGUGUAGACACUGAGGGUGUGUUCAACGUAAUAUCGCAUAAUGAUAAACACUCCGAGGGAGUAAACCGUCUAUAUCUGCAUUUGGAUGCUGCAAAUAGCGGAUUAAGCGCUUUGCAUACAUAUGUUAUGCUGCAAAGUGGAACUGUACACCACUUUACAUGGAACAAGCUCGAGCAUACCCAAAUAGAUGUUGGUAACAACAUAUUAGGAUUAAGGACUAACCUCUACCAUAAGAUGAUUAUGUAUUACAAUAGUGACGGUAUGACCUUGAAGGCAUUGGAUACAAAUUACGUCCUAAAGACCUUUGAUAACGUAGGUACCAGCGUUUGGGGAGAGUGCCCCGUGGCCUUCCACCCGCUCAAGCGCCUAGUGGCUUUUGCAGGAAGUAGUGCAGUGAGGUAUACGUCCGGACCACGCUGGGAUGUCUAUGAAUUUGGUAAAGGACUAGUCCAUAAUGAACCCAUAUCCUUUAUGGAGUUCGCUAUACUAGGCGAUGUUGUUGCUCUGCUCACUGCUAGUAGUGAUAAAGUGGCCAUAUGGGACUUCGAUUCACAGGUGGUGCUCUUUUCCAUGACAAGUACGCCCUUCAGGGUAUGUGCUAUGACUGACCUAUCUGAAAAGGAAGUCAGUUUGGCAGUUAUCGGCGAUUUGACCAAUCAGGCCCAGUGGAAUGUAAAACGAUUGUCUAUGCCGAAAGAUGACCGUAUGGUGGAUCUAGGUGCUAAGAACACUGAACAGCCAUUGUCACAGACACGAAAAUCCAACAAAAGACUUCGACAUAUGGUAGACACUGAAGCAGUAGAUGCCGGUGAUGUUGAAGAGGACGACAACGAUCUGUUUGACCUAACAGAUAUGCUUGAAACCGAAGUGAAUAAAGAACAAACGCCUAGGUCGGAAUCUGCUGACUACCAUACAGCAAGACGGUACCUUGAUAUGUUCAACGAUGAAAGCAGCCAAACUCUGCUAGACGAUAUUGACCGCUUGAAACGGCGGGUUGCCCAGCUUGAAAGCCAUUCCCAAGACAGAUAUGGCCUAACACCUGGCGCAUGUCCACCACCAGAGGAUGAAGCAUCACAAUGGUUACUAUACUGGGAUGAUGCCGGCCAAAUAACUAAGCAGGGGUCUGGUGAUACCAUCACUAUACACGUGCAUAUAUAUUCCGGACCCAAUGCUGGAUAUAUACAAAGACACGACAAGCAUAACUGUCAUACGGCAGCGCUGUCUUCCAGAGCACUUGUCACCGGAAGUGAUAUUGUAAUUGGCGGCACCACACACGGCCUAGUUACAUUCAACAAUCUAUCUACCAAUGAAACGUGGGAGCGCCGUCUGAAGAACGAUAGUAUAGCCUGUGUUGCCGUGGCCGACGACUUCGUGGCCGUCUUGGGCACUGGCAUCCUGUACAUAUAUUCCAUUGCCGGUAGUGUACUAGGGAUAUACCACCUUAAGGGUGACCCAGUGGGUAUAGCUGCAAAGGGUAACCUCUUGGCCGUAAUCACCGAGUGCAUCACCAACUCACGCGCGACUUCGGUAUACAGCACUCGUCUGCUAUGGAUCAACGGUCUCAGGGGACUUGCACGGAAUUCACUUAACCGCGUAGUGGACUUGUACGACGAUCUUCUGGUGCUGCCUGAAGGUCGCCAAAUAACGUGGUUAAGCAUUUCGGACCAGCUUAACCUCUGGGUUGGAGACUCGUCAGGACAAUUAAUAUCGCUGCUACCCGCCAUGGCAAGCUUCCACAAGCUUGGUGGCGUAUCUUUAGAAUGGGUGCCUUCACUGGACCUAGGGGACCUGAUGCCUGAUAGUUCCAAUGAUGAAACUAGGAAGGUCAUCAAAGCGUUCCCUCUAUACGUUAACGAACAAAAGCUUUGCUACGUACGACUAAAGGAUAAUGAAAGAUAUCCUCAUAGCAACUCACCAGUCAACUUUCUAGGAUAUACCCUUCGAAAGGCAUCGUUGCGUAUUGAAUGCGCAAGUGGAGCCUACAUGCCAUUUAAUCAAUUCCACACAGUUAUGACGCGCGACCCAAAACUCAAAGAAAUGUCGGCGUCAGGAAUAGUAGAAGAUGUAGCCAACAUACCCUGGCAACAGUACGACGAAAUGCGCCAUUCACUCACGCUGCAAGGCGCACAAAUGGAACUACUCAUGCAACUACAACAAACAUAUGGAUUCUGGUUCAGAGAUGCAGAAAGAAUGGCACAAAAGGCUGCUACAUCUAUGCGUAAUCUAGAGUUGGUACAUGACAAGUGGCUGUUACGUACACUAAGAAAGGUUAAGGGACAACGUCAGGAUGGAAACGUGUUGUAUGAUGUCCUGCGAAUGAUACGUUUCCAAAGAUGCCUAGAUACCGCCGCUGAAAUUCUGUCCGACCAAAUGGAUAAUCGCCAAAGGAAAGUCAUGCAGGAUGCCGCAAUGCUACUGGCAGGUGUACCGUCAAAUGCACCGUUCCCAGUACAGGAACCACAGAUGACCGAGAUACAGCGUGAAGCCAAAACUGGAGAUAAUGUAGCAACAACCGGACCUGGUGUAAACGAUGUUAGCAUAAUUCGAAGAAAUCUAAACGCGGAUGUCAAUAAACCCGUAUUCAACCCUGUGUCCCCAGCAAAUCCGUCCAACAACGCUGCCAAACCAUCCUUAAAGGGUUUCAACACAGUGGAAGAAAGUAGCAAUCCAAGCGAUAACUGGGUUGAACAAGUAUUCAAAUAAUUAAUGAAUAGCUAAUCUGGGAUAA